GUCAGACGGUCGUGUGCAAACCGCAUGAGGCUACGGAGCGAGGAAAGGCGAAAGUCGGGGUGAAGGCAGCCGGGCGGUGAGUGUGGGGCGCGGCGCUGGAGCUGGCGAGGGUUGAGUGGGGACAGACGCCGGCCGGACUUGACACAGAUUAGAUUUCAUCAUGAGCAGCAACGAGUGCUUUAAAUGUGGACGAGUUGGGCACUGGGCACGGGAGUGUCCAAGUGCAGUUGGACGUAGUCGUAUUCGUGGACGGGGUAGAGGAAGCUUCACUGCUGCAAGAGAUAUCUGCUAUCGUUGUGGUGAAUCAGGCCACCUUGCAAAGGAUUGUGAGCUCCAAGAAGAUGCUUGCUACAACUGUGGUAAGGGUGGCCACAUUGCCAAAGAUUGCAAGGAGCCAAAGAAGGAGAGAGAACAGUGCUGCUACAACUGUGGCAGACCUGGACAUCUGGCCCGUGACUGUGAUCAUGCUGAUGAGCAGAAAUGUUAUUCUUGUGGAGAAUUUGGGCAUAUUCAGAAGGACUGCACUAAAGUCAAAUGCUAUAGGUGUGGUGAAACUGGUCAUGUCGCCAUCAAUUGCAGCAAAGCCAGUGAAGUAAACUGCUACCGCUGUGGUGAAGCUGGACAUCUUGCACGGGAAUGCACGAUUGAGGCUACAGCUUAAACCUUGCAUUGUCGCCCCCUCCUUUUCUGAUUGAUGGUUGUAUUAUUUCCUCUGAAUCCUCUUCACUGGCCAAUGGUUGGCAGAUAGAGGCUAGUCCCAGGCCAGUGAGCUUUACUCAAAAAGAAAAUGUGAAAGGAAAGGGGUGGAAAUUGACUUUCUGCAUUUAACUACAAAUGUUUAUGUUUAGUUUGGUAGAGGUGUUAUGUAUAAUGCUUUGUAAAAGAACCCCCUUUCCAUGCCACUGGUGUAUAGGGAUUAAUGAGUGGGAAGAGAUGAGUCAGAUCAGUAACCCUUUCUGGGUUCUGGAAAUGAUUCUGUGAGAGGAAACCAAACCUGGAAGUGUCAUUGAAACUUCCGCAUGUGAUUUCUUGAAAUGUUGGCUUUGAAUUGUUUGACCUUGGGAGCAGUUCAUCAAACAAACCAACAUCUGUAUCAGGGCCCUACGUACAGUAAACUUAAGUGGGAGUAAACAAAGCUAAACAAGCAGACCUGUCAAUGGUUCGGGAAAAGACAGGUUUUGAAGCAUAGGAGUAACCAGCUUACAGUAGCUGAAACCAGAGCUGGUAUUGGAGAUACAGAUGUGCAAGCAGAGGUUUAAAUUUUUUGAAUGUAGUUUAGCAUCUAUUAUACCCAUUAUGAAAUUACAACAGAAACACAUAGCAAAUAGGAUUGGAACUACACAGUUGAAUGAAUGUUUUCACAGAAAUCAAGAUGUUAUUUUUGUAUAAUACAGUUAGACUACUGUAGAGAAUCAUUUGCUUGAAAUUGUUUUUUUUAAGACAAGGUAAAAGCAACUGAAGUCUUAGAACUAUAGAAAUGUAAUUUUAAAUUUAAACUAUCAAUAAAGCUGGAGGAGGAA